AUGACUUCUCAAGAAUUUACUGUGUUAUACACUCACCAAAAAAUGAAAAAAUCAAAAACAUGGCAAGAUGGAAUACUGAGGAUUAAAACUGGAGGAAAUAAGGCAGUCUUGUUUGAUGAUAAAGGACAAUGUUUGGAGAGCAUAUUUACAAAAUCUCAGUUGAAUGCUGGAGAUAAUUUGGAAAGUGAACGCUAUCUGAUCACUAUUGAAGCAGUAAAACUGGAUGAAAAAUCUUCUGAAGAUCAGCCAAGGAAAGCAGAAACUCCAGCAGUGAAUAGAAAUGUUGUAAAGCCUAGUGGUCUGCCUCCAAGACACCUGCCUGUUGGGUUGAAAAGGAAAUUUACAGGUUUCCAAGUGCCACGCCAAAAGGAUACAGAUGCAAAUCUAUCUACCGACUUUCAUGAAGAGGUGUAUACAAACAGUGAUAAAGAACAUACAUGUUUCAGCUCGCUGUUUUCUGCUCCAUUUCCUGAUACGUGUAAAGAUACAGAGAAGAGGAACUCUGAUCAGUCCAUUGUGAAACCAGAAUAUUCUGCAAUUACAGAGCACACCAAGACAACCAGUCAUGUGGCUGUGUCACAGAAAAUCAGGAGCACGGCACAGAUAAUAGCUCUUUUGAAGUCUAAACCAGCACAACCAUGCAGAGAGCAAGCAACUUCUGCCGUCACAGAGGGUUGUCCUAGGUUUCAGAAGUCAGAAAACAUAGGUGAUUUCAAUAACGGAAAUAGCACAACUUUUUACAGCUUUUCAGGUGACCUUGACAGAGGACUUGAUCAAAAUAUUCAGCACCAGCUUUUUGCAGAGGAAACUGGAAGUGAUAAAAGAGAAUGGAAUGCUGAAAUGCUGCCAAGUUCAGCUGAAAAACCUUGUGAUGAAGAAGUUGUGAGACAAAGACAUGACAGAAAGGCAAAUAACUUAAGUCAAGACUUAAAAGAGCACUUCAAUACAAAGACUUUGCCCCCUGGAAGAAUGUGUGCCUGUAUGAAUUUAACAGACAGCAAAGGGCAAUGUAAUUGUGAUAGUGAAAGAUAUCGAGAACCCUCAUUUUCUAGAAGUGAGGGGGUACCUAUGCUAUUAUCACUUAACAGAUGUGCUGCCAAUGACCAACUAAAUUGCUCCCCCUCUGAAUUCGGCAUAGACAAAAUGAGCGACAGUCAAUUUGCCUCAUCCUUAAGUGGUAUUUCUUAUUCUGCAAGUCCAGCUGAGCCCACUGCCGUUGAAAUAAACCCCUCCACAUCCAGGGAGCAUUCAGUGAUCAAUGGUCUUACAGAGUCACAAAAUGAACUCCAGCCAAGGCAAAAUUCAGAAGUAGCAUCUACUAAAUUGGAGCUCUCUGCAGAUAGGGCGUUGAGUGGACUUGAAGCUGUAAAAGUGGGAUUAAGUACACAUGACAGAGACAGUGGUCCAGAUGAACAGUUGAUGGAGGUUAACUUCAAUUUAUUGGAGGCUUUUGAUUUUAAUAACUUGGAUAAUAAGGACCUGUGUGAAAGAAAUGUGGAAGAGCUUGGGGAAAAGGCAACAUUUUCACAAGAUUCAUCUUGUUUAAAUGAAAAAGAUACAGCACAAACUGUUGAAUUGAGACUUCAUUUUUCCUGUGAAGUAACGUCAGACAGCAAAAACAAAGAAGUCAAAGAUUUCACAUUCAACAGAGAGACUGAUGGGAAUCUCUCUACAGGAGGUAUAUCAUUGCUGCCUCAGGACAACUAUGUUGAUGACAUUGGGAGAGCUGCAGAAGACUCUGUAAGCCUCACCAGAAUUGAAAUGGAAUUUUUGGAUGGUAAAAGCAAAACAAAAGAGAUUGACUCAAGUCAGUUAAAUAUUGAAGGUAGGACCUCUAAGAAGGACCUUAAUGGCUGUGCACCAAAUACCAUUAAUUACAAGCUGAUAAAAGGCAAGGACUGUAAUUCCUGCAUUUCUGCCAGCAAAAUGAUUUCUGCCAUGGACAAAGGAACGGAAGGAGAUGUUUUACCACUUAGAUGCACAAAAUCCCAAUACAUAGAUUUAGAAUGUUUCCAGGGUACUAGUAAUGGUGACAUUAAACCAGGUAGUCCUUUCCCAGCUUUGUCGCAAAAAUCUGAUGCUUCAUGUGGCUCACUCAAAUAUAGCGCAGAGGAUCAGCAAAAUGUAUUUGACAUUUCUUGUAAGGAAGAUACUGUAAUUUCCAGAAGUGCUAUCUAUCUUUUAGGAACAGGCCAUUCAUCUCCAGAGGAAACAGAAAUAGGUGAAACUGAAAAUAUAGACAGCAUAAAUUCUCUUCAUGAUGCCUGCGAAGGUGAAAGAAUAGGAAUGGAUUGCCUGAAAAGCACAGCAUUUGUUGAAAAAUCAUCAGAACUUCCUGAUUUGCCCCUCUGUGUGGACUACAUGUUACAGAAAACUGAAGCAUCUCUUCUACCAACAGCACUGGGCCAAGGAGAGGCUAGGACUUUUGAUGGCCAACCACAGCCUGUUGAGUUUCAAGGGCACAGAGUAAAAGGGUCAGCAACUAGUGAGAUAAUGCUGAGAGCUCCCUGCUCAGCGCUAGGAUGGCACCAGUACCCAGAUACUGUGGAAUCUGCAGCUGAGAUUUUUUUGACACCCCUGUUUUCAAGCAAUCAUAUUCUUUCUGACUGCAGACAGUCUCCACAUUCAAGAAAUUUUCAUGAACAUGAUAGCAGUAUGACUGGAGAAGGGAAUUUUCAAAAGAAGUCUAACAUUAUUAAGGAGACAAUAGUGGAUGAAACCCCACAGGAGGAAUCCAGCUAUGCAGAAGAAGGCAACCUCUCGAGGGUCAAACUGGCCAGUAAAGCGCGAGCCCCGAUUGUCACUGUUCCUGCCACUGGGAAGAUUCCUGCCGCAGAAGUUUAUCUGAGUGACUGCGAGGGGGUUCAGCAAUCUGUUGGAUCUUCAGGAGUCAAUUUGUGCAACCAGUCAGCAGUGUUUCCUAUGGGUGCUUUUGGCCCUGAGGACAGGAAUUCUGAAACCUUGAUGUUUGAAGAGUACACAGAAGAUGAACAAAGGGAGUCUAUACAACCAAUGUUUCCUAAUGUGACUUCACAAUAUAGACAAAGCAAGUGGCUAAAAUACCAAAACAAUGCUCAGUGUGACUUGAUAACUCAAAACAGCAGUGAUGUGGAAGUGACUGAUGAUAUCUGGGUGGAGAACAUCCUUGGAAUGCCACUGGGUGACACAGGAGAGAGCCAGAGCAGCCUUGUGAGUAAAAGCGCUCCCGGCUCUGUGCCUCUGCGGACAGGAAAGCGCAUGGAUGGAAAACGCUGUGCAAAUGACAAGGACAGAGAUCUAAUUUCAGAGAGGAAGUUACUUUCUCUGCACUUAAGUCGGGCACCUUUAGCUGAAGCAACACAAAAGGUGUUAAGUCAUCUGAGCUGCCACACUGCAAGAGGAGAAGCCCAGAACUUAACAGUUUCUGAGUUGUCCUUUCCUAAUGUGGAUAAAGUGAAAAAUACUAAUCUUCCUAAAAGAAAGAUUGCCAUUCCGUCUGUUUUUCAGUCUCAUGUUCAUUACAAACAAAUUUUUACAGCUGCUUUGACAGAGCAUUUAAACAUAAUUCUAUUUGAGCUGUCACAAAGAUUACACAAGGCUCUUUCCAAAGUGGAUAUAUCAUUUUACACUUCAUCGAAAGAUGGGCAAAAUGAGAGCAAAGAAAGCCGUGUUCCCCUGUGCAAUCACAUGCUUCCUGCUAAGCUUGUUGUGGUUAAAAAAGAAGGUCAGAACAAGGGUCGUUUGUUCUAUACUUGUGAUGCUCCAAAAGCUGAGCAGUGUUCAUUUUUCAAAUGGAUAGAAGAGGUGAACCAAGGGCAGAUAAAAUCCAGACCCAGUAUAGUGCUUCAUGAUAUAAAAAGUAUUGGGGCAUACCUCAGAAGUCAAAAGAUUUCCCUCUAUGAGGGAUGCCAGCUUUUGGUGAGGAAAGCCUUUGAAAUUCAAACAAAACAGUUUAAGAAGUUAAAGAAAUUUAUGAAUACCCAUGCCAAUUUUGAUGGCGAUUCCAAGCACAAAUUAUACCUCAAACUGAGCAGAAAGGAGCAUUCCUCUACCUAUAGUAAAGAUGAUAUCUGGGUUGUUUCGAAGACUCUAUACUUUGAUCCCCUGGAUACUUUCAUUGCAAGCAGUGCUUUCUUUGGACCGUCAUCUAACAAUGAAGUAGAAGUACUACCACUGAAAGGCUAUUCUCCCUCCAACUGGCAAACAAAUACACUUGUUCAUGCCUUGCUGGUUUGUAAUGCUAGUGGUGAGCUUACGUCUUUAAGAAACAUGGAAGAGCACUUCAAUCCAUCCACUCUACCGCUAAUCCCGUAUCUCCUAAAAAUGAAUUCUGAUUCUGAAAAAGCUACUAAGAAGGUGAACAAAAGAUUUAUUCCUCCAGCCUUGAACCUGAAAUGCACAAUGAUGCAUGGACUCGUCAGCCCCGAAAUAGCGAUGGGACUAGCCAGAAAGAUGAUCCAGACAUUCUCUUUGAACCCAGAUCAAGCAGCAGCACUAAUUCAGAUAGCUGAAAUGAUGACAAAGGCAGAACAGCAGAUCUUCCCUAUCACAAUUAUACGUGGUGUUUUCGGAGCUGGAAAGAGCUAUUUGCUGUCUAUUGUGAUCUUGUUCCUAGUGCAGCUCUCUGAAAGCAGUGAAGCUAAGGAGAGCCAGAGGCCAAUUCCAUGGAAAUUUCUGAUUGCUUCUUCCACCAACGUUGCUGUUGACAGGAUACUGCUUAGUCUACUUGAUCUUGGAUUUGAGAGUUUUAUCAGAGUUGGAAGUAUUAGGAAAAUCGCCAAACCAAUUCUUCCCUAUAGUUUGCAUGCUGGCUCAGGAAAUGAAAAUGAACAGUUAAAAGAGCUGCUUGCUCUCAUGAAAGAAGAUUUGACUCCAGCUGAAAGAAUUUAUGUGAGGAAGAGCAUUGAGCAACAUAAACUAGGGACCAACAAAGCUGCUUUGCAACAGGUAAAAGUUGUAGGAGUGACCUGUGCUGCCUGCCCAUUCUCUUGUAUGAAUACCCUUAAAUUUCCAGUGGUGGUGCUGGAUGAGUGCAGUCAGAUGACUGAACCUGCUUCUCUCCUUCCCAUUGCAAGGUUUCAAUGUGAAAAGCUAGUCCUUGUUGGAGACCCUAAGCAAUUACCACCAACUAUUCAAGGGUCUGAUAGUUUUCAUGAACAGGGGUUGGAGCAGACUCUAUUUGAUCGACUUUCCUUAAUGGGACAUAAAGCAGUCCUGCUUCGGACACAGUACCGAUGUCACCCUGCUAUCAGUGCUAUAGCCAACGAGCUGUUUUAUGGAGGAAGUCUGAUAAAUGGUGUUUCAGAGGAAGACAGAAGUCCUCUGUUGGAUUGGCUUCCAACACUAUGUUUUUAUAGUGUUAAUGGGGUGGAGCAAAUAGAGAGAGAUAACAGCUUUUAUAAUAUGGCAGAAGCUCAUUUUACAGUUAAACUAAUCCAGUCUCUGAUUGCGAGUGGAAUAGAAGGAUCUGCAGUUGGUGUGAUUACUCUUUAUAAAUCACAGAUGUGCAAGAUUCAGAAUUUGCUUAAUGGUCUACACUCCGAAGUCCUUGAAAUUAAAGCUGUGCAAGUGUCCACUGUAGAUGCCUUCCAGGGAGCUGAGAAGGAGAUCAUUGUUUUGUCGUGUGUAAGAACAAGACAAGUUGGAUUCAUAGAUUCAGAAAAGAGAAUGAAUGUUGCACUGACAAGAGCAAAGAGGCAUUUGUUGAUUGUUGGAAAUCUGGCCUGUUUAACUAAGAACAGCCUGUGGGGGAGAGUAAUUAAUCACUGCAAAGGAUGGGAAAAUGGAUUACAACAUGCAAGCCACUGUGAACAGCAGCUAAACAACAUUCUUCAGUGUUAUUUGGAGAAAAAGAGUGAAGAGGAAAAGAAUAAGAAAAAGGAAAAAUAA